GGAUAAAAGAAGAAGAAGAAGAAGAAAAAUCUAAUUGUCAAAAAUUUUCUCUUUUUGUAUACCCCAAUUUUCUGUUUAAUCUAUAUACAGUGUGUAUAAGCACAUUAUCAAGAAUUUGAUAGUGUAUAUAAAUAAAUCCAAUCAGCCGCCGGAAAAUCAUGCCGUUCUGCGAGGCGCCAAACGACGAGAACAGCUCCGACCCAGCACUAAACAAUACGAUCCAGAUUUUCUACAGAACGUACGGUCGAGGGCCAACCAAAGUCCUCCUCAUCAUCGGAUUGGCGGGGACACACGAUUCAUGGGGCCCACAAAUCAAAGGGUUGACGGGCACCGAUAGGGCAAACGAAGGUGAAACUAUAGCCGGAGAUGGGAAGCCGGACGGAGCCGGCAAUGAUGGCGGCCGUGGCGUCGAGGUGUGUGCCUUUGAUAAUCGCGGUAUGGGUCGAAGUUCCGUGCCGACCAGAAAAUCGCAGUAUACAACAGAAAUAAUGGCAAAAGAUGCAAUAGCAGUGUUGGAUCAUCUGGGCUGGAAGAAAGCCCAUGUUUUUGGGCAUUCAAUGGGAGCUAUGAUAGCUUGCAAACUUGCGGUAAUGGUGCCGGAUAGAGUUCUGUCUUUGGCAUUACUUAAUGUCACAGGAGGAGGAUUUGAAUGUUUUCCAAAGUUUGAUCGUCAGACCUUAUCAAUUGCAAUUCGAUUUUUAAGAGCAAAAACCCCUGAACAAAGGGCAGCUGUUGACUUGGACACACACUAUACAAAGGAAUAUCUUGACGAAUGUGUUGGAUCCAACACAAGAAGAUCAAUUUUGUAUCAAGAAUAUGUAAAAGGUAUUACAGCCACUGGAAUGCAGUCUAACUUAGGUUUUGAUGGUCAAGUCAAUGCAUGUUGGACUCAUAAAAUGACAGGAACAGAAAUUGAACUGAUUCGUACCAGUGGUUUUCUUGUAUCAAUAAUCCACGGAAGGCAAGAUGUCAUCGCUCAAGUAAGUCAUGCAAAAAGGCUUGCUGAGAAGCUGCAGCCAGUUGCUAGAAUGGUAGAGCUUCAUGGGGGGCAUAUGGUCAGUCAUGAGAGGACUGAGGAGGUUAAUCAAGCUCUUCUUGACUUGAUAAAGGCAUCAGAAAAGAAGAUUAACCCACAAGAUUGGACUAAUUUUCUGAAGAGAAGUUCUGGUAAGUAUUCCACAACCACGCUGAAAAGCUUCCCUUCCAAGUUAACUUAUAACGACCUCCAAGCAGACAAUGUAGUAUAUUCUCUGGUUCGGGUGGUUACUAGUAAAACAGGCUAUUUUAUCUGAUCCAACAGAUUCUAUUUUCUUUUUGACAUCAUUUGCUAAUGUCUGUUGUUAUUGUUAGUCAGAAUCUACGACUACGAGGAUGUCAUUUGGUGAGAUCACGGAUGGAGAAAGGACCGUAUUUAUAGAGAAACUCUAUGUUUGCCUGUUACACUUAUUCAGUCUACUUGUAAUUGCAUUAAAGUAUGGAAGAAGAGCUCUGCAGAGUGUGAAACUGUGAAACCAGUAAGGAUUGGACCCACACUCACAUAGACAUAGUCAAUGAACCCUUUUUGUUUUACUGGGUCAUGGCUAACAGCAUUUCGAUUGAUAAACCAAAGUAGAGAAUUGAAUGACAAAAAUUUGUCAAUGAAGGAGAUUAAAGAAGCUAAUAUCAGAGUAAUGAAUAUUACUAUGCAUCAAAGGGCAUGAAAAGUUGGGGCUAGAUGUUCUUCCCUCCACCCUUGACAUCAGCGUUGAAUUUUUCUUUUCCAUUUUUUAAUUAAACAUGACAUGUAAAAGAAAUCUUGUAUUUUUUUUUGUCAAUUAAGAAUCAAAAUUAACAUUUAAC